AUGAAAGAUGUUAUUAAAGCUGAAAUUCUUAAGUUAUUAGAUGUAGGUAUGAUCUAUCCUAUUGCUGAUAGUGAAUGGGUCAGUCCAGCCCAAGUAGUUCCUAAGAAAUCUGGUAUUACAAUUGUUGAGAAUAAAAAUAAUGAACUGAUUCCAACUAGGAAAGUCACUGGUUGGCGUGUUUGCAUUGAUUAUCGCAAGUUGAAUUCUGUUAGUAGGAAAGAUCAUUUUUCUUUGCCAUUUAUUGAUGAAAUUUUGAGCGGCUUGCAGGUCAUAAGUUCUAUUGCUUUCUCGACGGAUACUCAGGCUACAAUCAAGUGGAAAUUGCUUGAGAAAAUCAGGAAAAGACGACUUUUACAUGCCCGUAUGGAACCUUUGCCUACAGAAGAAUGCCCUUUGGGUUAUGCAAUGCACCAGCGACAUUCCAACAUCUCAUGCUGA